GGAUAGGCCAAUCACCGGGGGGCGGGGCGCCCUCUACCCUCCGUUCAAAACGCGGCAUUAGAAUACAGCCCGGCUGUGGCUGCUGAGGUGGAGUUCCUGUUAUUUGGGGCAAGUCUGUCGCCUGAGUCAAGUUUGUGGACAUCGCCGAGCGCUUACAAGUCGACUUAAGAAGACAAAACAAGGACUAGAAGGACUAAGACGGGAAUUUUUGCCGGGAUCUUCUAGUGGCGGGAAAAUCAGUGCAACAAAUCACGGCGUCCCACUGCGAGGCCGCAUGCUGCGCACAAGUGACAUUGUGCAAGGUCGCUGCAGAUAAGACAGUGCAGUCCUUACCUUCUGAUUUUGUUUUACUAUGACCAAAUUUCGGUGGUGUUUUUGGUGAGGUGUUGUUCACGGCUGACUGGGCAGCCCUCUGCUAACAGAAGACUUGAUACGGACCAGUCGCCACAACAACGCCACAGUCCACUCACACAGCGAGAUUCUGUCGCAUCCUAUCGAAAAUCUUUUGCAAAGACAUCUUGACCACAGCGAGAAGAUGGAAGGACUUUCUUAUCUCGAGGUGCCUUGCGUUACUAGCAGCCUUCACAUCUCAAGUAUCCUCUAGAAUUCAAGUGUGGGAAACAGGGACAAAGGUGAACCACAAGACAAGUGAGCCAAGCGUGAGCAGGUCAAAACAACACAACAAAACAAUAGACACUUCCAGAAGGAACCAGUCCGUCCCAGUCGCUGCUCAAGACAUGGAGAGGGAACGCCUAACUCCUUAAAUACUGCUUCCUACAUAUCUUGAAGCUGAAGGAUCCUCACGAUUAAGUGUAAAAUCUAAGUGAAAGUGAGUGGAGAAGACGCCUUGAGCCAGACAGUACAGCGAUUGCCCUCACAGCAUGACUCCGGUUUUGACAGCUGGGCAUCUGAAGAUUUCUCCAAGACGUUACCUGUACUGUUGCCAUGGCUACAGAGUCUUUAAUGAUGGAUUCUAGAGGCUGGAACGAGCCCCAGGGCUGUCUGCGGCUGAUGGAGACACCGGACGCGAUGGACCGGGUGGCCCUGUGGGACACCGGGGACAAACCUUCCCUGGCCUCGGAGCACCCCAGCUUGUGUACCGAGGACCUUGAGUCACCACUCCGUUCACUGCCAGGAUCCAACGAUUCCCUGGCGGACGCAGGCAGCGAUGGAGAAGAAGAUAGCGUCCGUGUGGUCGUCAGAAUACGACCGCCAAACGACCUAGAGAACAACAGGAAAGACAAGGUCAUCACACAAUGUCCAGGGAAAGGUGCAUUAUGGGUUGACAACAGCACUUCAGGAGGGCGGCCCAAACAGUUCACGUUUGACGGUGUGUUCGGUGCAGAGACAUCGCAAUACCAGAUGUUCGAAAGCUGUGGGAUCAAGAAACUCCUGGACAUGGCUCUGGACGGGUAUGCCUGUACAGCAUUUGCAUUUGGGCAGACUGGAUCUGGGAAGACUCACACGAUCACAGGGCCCAUGACUAUGACACGCACGCCACGUGCGGUUCCAACAAACAGCGGUGCAGAGGGGACUGCGUUCGGGUUUGAAGAUGACACGGGUCAGGAUGCGGAGCUGCAGGGUCUGAUACAGCGUGCCUUCCUGUACCUGUUUGACAGCAUCGGGCAGCGCAAACGUCGCGACCCCAGCACAGUCUACACACUCAGGGCCACCUACCUGGAGAUAUACAAUGAACAGGUUAAGGACCUACUGAACCCGGCAGAUCGACCUAAUCUGCCUGUGCGAUGGUCCAAGGAGCAGGGCUUCUAUGUGGAGAACCUUUUCUGUCCUGAGUUUGAAAAUAUUGAUGACAUCAUGGCAGUGCUGGAGGAAGGAAUGCACAACAGACAUGUUGGGUCCCACAACCUGAACGAACACUCCAGCCGCAGCCACACCAUGCUCACACUCAACCUGGACUGUGAAAUGGCUGACCCAGAUGAUGCCUCCACGUACGUCACCAAGCAUGGUAAGAUCUGUUUUGUGGACCUGGCAGGCAGUGAGAAGGUGAAGGAGUCCAAGUCAGCAGGGGACGCACUUGUGGAGACCACAAACAUCAACAAGAGCCUUCUGACUCUUGGAAACUGCAUUUCUGCCCUCAGCGACCCAAAGAAGCGCAGUGGACAUAUUCCAUUUCGAGACAGCAAGUUAACAAAACUGCUGUCUGAUAGUCUAGGAGGGACAGGAGUAACUUUGAUGGUUGCAUGUAUAUCACCCUCGGCAUACAAUGCCUCAGAGACGAUGAAUACUUUAAGAUAUGCAGUCCGGGCAAAGAGGAUAAAAAACAAGCCUCUCGUGAGGAUGGAUCCGCGAGAGAAACUGAUUUUGAGUCUGCAGAGAGAACUAAAGAGAUUACGCAGUGAAAAUGAAUAUCUGCGGACGAAACUUAACUUUCCACAGAGUCGAAUGGGGAUGGUGAAUGGACACAGAAAGGAACCCCCACCAGAAGAGGAAACAGUCAAACAGUCGCUGGUCCGUCACGACACAAAUGACAGCGACAGUUUGUAUGAAAUGCUGCAGGAGUACAUGGUUGAGAACGAGAACCUGAGACACGAGAAUACCGAGCUGUUCACGUCAAAGGACCACAUUCAGCGCGAGCAGGUGCUGCUAUCCCGGGAAAACGACAAACUUGUUCAGAAGUUGGAAAACCUGGAAAGAGUCCUUGCUGCAUCGCCGCUGAGUUGGCAAACUUCGUCAAGGCACAGCUCUGGUCAUUCGAUACGCAGAGAUCUUGUUAACAGGCACUCGGCGCAUUCUGAGGGCCCGCCAGUUACGAUGCUCUCCCCUUUGACAAAGUCGCCGUUUGACCCACGAGAGGCAAAGAACCGACACAUGACAACAUGGCCGCCCUCUCCAGAGCUGCAGCCCAGAAUGGCGUGGAGAUCCACACCUCCCUCGGAGCAUUCCAAGGAUGUGAGCCUGCCGCCGGUGGAUCAGAAGAAGGGAGUGCCCACCAACUUCCGCCAGCAGCAGGUCCGUCCCAACGCCUCCUUCCCUCCGUCCAAGAUCCCCACCAAGAACCAGGGCUUCUCCAAACUGCCGCAGAAGGGCGCAGAGGUCACGCCCAAGGUCAUGGAGAAGAAGAAGGAAAAGAAGGCUUCAGAUUCAAACUUGAAGAAGAGAUUUAUCAAACUUGAGGCAUCAGGAACAACAGGGUCUUCUCAAAAGCAGGGAGGCUAUGCCGAGCGGUUCCAGCAGAAACGUGAAGCCAUGGGGAAGAAGGAAGAGGACAGUACAGGGAGGGAGCCUGAGGUCUCACCACAGAAGGAACAAGACAUCGACAUCUGGCCCAACAGGGAAGGACAGAGGGACCAGCCCAUCCUUAGACAUGAUAAAGCUGUGGAGAAUCAUACCCCUCCACAUAAUGCUGACAAACAGGGAGAGACCAAUGAUGCAAGUCAAAGACAAAGAAUAAAUGAUGCACAAUUCUACACCACCAAAGAUUCAGAUGCCCUGCAGGACAUGAACGCCAAGCUGCGCGCAGAGCUGGCGGACUUGGAGGGGGAGAUUGCCAGAUACAAGCAUGUCAGCAAGCCCGCACCCGGAGGGAAGAAGAGAUAGUACAGGACUGAAUGCAGAGAGAGCAGGAUACAUUCUUGCUGUUCUACAGACUUCUUUUCUGAAGUUAUAAAGAGAUUAUGAGUCCAUUGGGUGACAUUGAAAUGGCAGGAUAACAUAUGAUAGAUAUUGCUGUAAGCAAAUUCUGCACCAACUUGAUCGUUGUGCUAUUGGAGCUGAAACAGCUUAAUUCAUUGCACUUAUGUCUUGUAAUUGGCAUUUUGGGCAGUAUAGCAUCAUAAUGGAAUCAUUUUGGUACUGGCAUCUGCCUCAUUGAAUUUUGAAGAAUCAUAAGUGCGGGAACAUCAGCUAUUUUAGUCAAAGCCAUUCAAUAUGCAGUUGUCAAAGAUUUUGUGUAGUUUCAUCUCCAAAGACAUUCACAGACAUUCACCAUACGUGUAGAUGAUUGUAACUGCGAAGAGCAUGACCUCAAAAACAUAUCUGCUCUGCAAAAGAAUGCAUGUAUGUGCUGCAGAAGAACUUAAGACCUAGUUUUCUCAAGCAGUUGUCAGACUGAGACAUCAGGAUUUGGUCAGGACUGCUUCUUGAAUUGAUAAGCCAUACAGGAGGUGCUGACUUGAGAUUCAAACAUGUCACUCUUCAUUCUUGAAUAUAAUCACACUCACUCACUAUCCAUGGUUGAAUAAAGAGUCCUAAAGAGAAGAGAAAGAAGAAAGUCUGGGGAGUCACAUUAUACUGUUCUAGCCUCCGCUCAAUGAAACAGCAAUGGCCAGUAGAGCAAUUCCAGAUGUGAUGUGUUGUAGUCAAUAUAUAUAUUUACUAUGCUGUAAUCAAGUUUUGUAGUAAAAGUGUACAAGAAGAUGUAAACACUGUAUAUAGUUCCUGUUGAUGUUUUGUACAGAGAAUUUUUGUAUCACAUUAUUGCAUAGGAGAUUUCACUGAGACAUAUUCUAUUAGUCAGAAAUGAUAUCUGUACAGGAGGCAUUGUGAAAUAUACUGUACUUACUACUUACCUUUUGAGGAUAGGUGAAAUUGUCAAAAAUCUAUAGUGCACUUUAGCUGCUCUUUAUUCCAUUUUUCGAAUGUGGUAGAGUCCAGUAAUGCUAUAGCCAAUCAAGAGAAGUUCUAGAUUCAAAAAUCAAUCCAGACAACCAAUCAGGCAAGAUCUUAUAGAUGUAUCAACUUGUCCUAAUCUUAUAGAUAUCAACUUGUCCUAAUCUCUGCUGACUGUUUUAUCCACUAUUCCAUGUAGGUUUCAAAUUUUGUCACACUUCAAGAUAAACUGGUAAACAUACUGGUCUUGCAAUACAUGCCUGCCCAUAGGUAAUCAAUCAUAAUGUUUCCAUCAUUACAGAGUGAGAGUCAUUUUUUUGUUGUUGGAGAAAAAGAAUGUGAAUGUAAAGCAAGAUAACAUGGAACAUUGAUUGCUUCACCACAGAUGUGUUUUCAGGAAAUGGUUCUGUCCUUAGUACUAAAAGCUGUAAUGUUAGUAUGUUGUAGAGCAUCCAGUGGUCUCUUUCUUAGAAAGAAGAAUUGUGUGUAUGUGAUGUAUCUCUUUUGUCAUUGUUCAACACUGUAUUAAUUAGCAUACUGUCAAUAUUACUGAUAGGACAAUAACAAGGUAGGGACUCGCAGACAGCUUGGUGUGGUCUGCCAAAAUUACAUUUGGGGAAAUUGAAAAAGUUCAGAGUCUGUUUUGUAGGUCAGAGAUUACAUAAAAACGGGUCAACAGUUAGAAAGCUGGGCUAAACCAAUGCAAGUCUUAGAAAAUUAACAUUUGAACUCUUCUGUCAUGGUACUGUGCAUGUUGCAUAAGUAGGAUCCAGAGGGGUUGUUUUUAAGGUAUCAUAGUUGAAAAGUUUGUGACACAGUUUGGAACCAUGCAGGUCAAGCCCCUUAAAUGUUACUUCAGACUGAACGGUUCUGUAUCCAGCUUCUGACAGUUUAUGUUUGAAAUGUUACAUUCACAACAAUUAAGGCAGCUGUGGGUGAAGUUGCACCACAGUUUACUGGGAUUAUUGCACCAUUUGUCUAAAGAAUUGAAAUGUUCUGUUCCUGGAGUUAAACUGACCAAAGUCAGUUAAAUGAUUUUCUUCCUGUGCCACACAUUAUUGCGUUAUUUAAGAUCUUUAAAAUUCAGCAUUGCAUUGCUGCACUGUCAUUGGCCAGCCUCAUCAAUUGGCUUACCUCACCAGCCAAUGAGCUAGCUCAAAUUCUGAGAUAUGAAUUUUCAUUGGUUAUACUAUUAUGAUGCCUUCAACACUGAUUGACAUACAAUACACAUAAUGCUUAUCUGUCGAAGAUAUUUUAUGUUUAUAAUGCUGUUGUCAAUGUGUAUAGUCCUCUCCUCUAGUAUUGGUGUGACAGCUGUAACAAUUUUACUGCACCUAGGUAGUAAAAUUGUGUGAAAUGCACCAGAGAUUUAUUUCUGCAAAUGUUGUUGAUGUAUUCCUGGCGAUAUGCCUUUGUAAACACUCUUGUAGUGUGUAUAUUUUCCACUUGUGUGUACUGAAGCCAUUGCACCUGUUCAAGCCAUCAGAUGUGAGAAUUGUGCAGAAAAUUAUAUUUUCACAAAAGAA